UCUGACAAGUCAUCGUCUAUUCUUGCUCCUGAGUAUCUUUCUGUUUGUCUUGGAAGUGCAUCAAGGUAGAGGGAUAUCGAUUUUAUUUUUUUUUUUUUUGACCAUUCGAGGCUGAAGCCGGCUGCCUGACCUGGUCCACUUUGUGUGGGCCGGUGACCUGCUUCGUUAUUAUUCACACCUGAAUGCAUUAUAAGAACACGAGGAACGAGUCUCCCUCUGUUAACUAGAUAGAAACUAAAAAAAAAGGAUCCGCAGGGGCAAAAAAACCAAAAUAAAAACACUUGAGCCGUGCGUCAGAGCCUGACAUUUAUAGGUAAUUGACACAGUGAUUACCAGGAACUCUUAACACCUCUCGUCCGUUUUUAGGGAGGUUUUAAUCUUCAUUCAAGUGAAAUUGCCUCAAAAUGUAGUGUCUUUUUUUUUUCUUUUUAAUGUGACCUACUUGCAGCAGGGCUUUUGUCAGACUUAAGCAGCAGAGGUGCUGUGAGUUUGUUCGUGACGCCAUAGGAUGCAGAAACCCAAAGUGCAGAUGUAAAUUCGGCGAAGAAGCAGGAGGGAACCUCGUGAAUGACGGCUCAGUCCUCUGAAUGAAGCGGCGGCGGAUAAACUGAGCUUCCCUCCGGCGCUGAGAGGCUUCGUUUACCUGAGUUAAAAAUUAAGAACGCUCCGGUAAUGAGUCUGUGUCCUAGCAUCCAUGCGAUCACGGCACUUAAAAGGGAACAUAUCAGCAGCUGGUCAAAGAUCGCUGCCAUGUGUUAUCUGGCCUUCCACAAGUUACAUCCAGAGGCUGGAAAAACACACAACCGGAACCAAACAGCUAUUUUUGUUUAAUCAAAUAGAGUUUUGCAGUCUUUCAUCUUACUAGAUCUCUGUUUUAAUUUGGCCAAAAUCUAUUGAGCUAAGAUUUUUCUUUAUUUCCAGUUUUAUGGAGUAGAGGUUGUGUUUCAGAAUCCAACAAAUAUCUUGUAAUCUGGCAGUUUUAACUAUUUAGCAAAGGCAAGUGCAAAAAGAAAAGAAAAAAAAAGAUCACCACUCCCAUUAGUUUUGAGAAUCGUGAGCAAAUCUAGAAUUGUAUUUCAUUAACAUGUUUAUAAUGUUUGGAAAAAGGCAGAACCCCCCUCCCCCCCCCGAAAAGCUAAUAGUUUAUAUUCUAGGGGUGGAAAUCUUUUAUUAUCUCAGGAUUUGAAUCCGAUUUUAAAAACCAACCAUUCGAUUCAAAAUUGAUUUUCGAGUCAAAACAAUUGUUCAUGAUGCUUUCUGCUUUAAUCUAUUGGUGUGCGAAGAAUCCUCAUGAUCUACUCCAGUCUGAGGAGGUAGAAUGAUAAAUGGAGACAAUAAAAUGUCACAUUUUUUACAUUUUAAAUAGUAAUCCAUGCUUAGAUGGGAUUACACCCUCCCUGCAUCCCCAGUUUUAUUUUUGUUUUUUGUUACGGACAGAGUGUCACUCCUUUCUGCAGACAGCCAGCGAUGCAAUUUCCAUAAAAAAUUUUUUUAGGAAUUUGACGGUCUUUGUAGUAAUUUAGCAAAGAAUCAAAAAACAUGUACAUAUGUUCUCACCACAACGGAGAGACGCUAUGUAUUCAUGUCGCCUGUGGAUACACAAAACGGAUAAUGGAAGCGGAAUAGUUAUAGUGAAAUAUCAACAUUGCUGUCCCAGCAAAACACAGCCACAAACUUCUGACCAAUUCAGAAGUUUUCAGAGGGCGGUGUGUUGCUCCAUGUCUGGAAAAAUGUACUGCAGUUGUAGAAGAUUUAAUAUUCUUCUUUUUGGUUGUCUGUAUUUCUAAAUGCAUUUCAAAUUAAGGUUCUAAAAACCAAAAGAAAUAAUAAUGUCAAUGGAAAAAUAAGCACUUUGUAAAGAUACAUGUAUGCACAUUACGUCAAACUGGAGUCUACAUAAUUUCAAGUGAAAGCCUUACUCCAUCCGUUAAAAUGUUUUUUUUUAACAACAUCAAAACAACUUUUAAAAUAUAUUUUUUAAUGUUGUUAAGAAAAAGCCCAUGUUAUGACUUGCGCUGUCAUAAGGUACAGCACACGUUGGCUCAACUGUAGCUCCACUUAUGUUGCGUGUUCCCAAAGUGCUCAAGCUUCAUUUUCCGAACCAGCUUUCACGAUUUAAGACCCUGAGAGCUGUAGCUUGAUAUUAUUCGACAGAAAUAAAAAAAUGUAUUCAUCCAUUGUGUUCCACUUAUCCGAGGUCGGAUCGUGGGGGCCGCAGGUUCAGGAGACGACCUCUGACAUCCGUCUCCCCCAGCGAUAUCUUCCAGCUCAUUUUAGGGGAUGUCGUCCCUCCAGUGAGUUCUGGGUCUCCUCCCUGUGGGAAACCUCCAGAGGGAGGUGCUCAAGAACCACCUCUGUUUCCUCCUGUACACAGGGUUAUUUUUGUAAAGUUUAAGAUUUUCAUGGCCUAAUUGUCAAAAAUGGUUCCUUUUGAUUAUUUACUUAAGGAAUAGACACAUCUACAUUUAAAAAAAAGGUAAAAUAUGUUGUAUCAUAAUGUGGAGGAGGGUAGGCCGUUCAGUCAGACUGUUGCUCAAGAUGACCACCAGCUCAGAAAAGGACGCAAGAAAAGAUGAAAUUCAUAUAUUGAUUUGAGGUUUUAUAAAUAAAAAUGAAUAAUUUUUCAAGGUUAACCUAUUAUCCAAAAUAAAACUUAAGUGAUUUGAGAUCAAAAGCUUUAAAAUAAAGCUUCUAGAAUGGUCAUGAUGUCAACCCCAGUUUCCUUUUUCUUCUUCUUUCUUUCUUUUUUUUUUAAAGCAAAUUCCACAUGUUGUGGUUUCAUGACUUGAAAUUUGGCUCCAGUGCUUCCUCCUCACGGGCCGCAUCUAAAAUUAAUCACUUGAAGUGACUUCAGAUCAAACCAGAGGCUUCUUUUUGCAAAAUCUUCAAAAUGAUGUUAAUUGAUAGAUCAACAUCAUGUUGAAAAUUUGAUAAGUUCAAUCUAUGAAUCCAGUUACACUGAAUUAAAUAGAGAUGGAAGAUGAAUUCUUGCAUAAUGUUUUAAUUUAAAAUUAAAGUGCGUCUGUUGUGGAGAUAAUUGUGGCAAAUUUAAAUUAGACUUUUCUUUUUCUUCGUCUUUGUUCUUUCUUUCUCCGUUUCAUUAUUUUUUGGACGUCGUCUUUAUUGUGAGGUAGCACUCAGAUGCAGGGAACCCAAAACAUGUCAAUACCUGCUAUCAGAAGUAGGAAAUUUUGAGGUUCCUAUGUAUGCACGCGCGUGUGUGUGUGUAUUACCCCUAUUUAACCAGGCGCAGUUUGACUGACCGGGGCCUCGGGUCUUCCUGUUUGCAUGCACGUGUGUGCAGCUCUCAGAAUUAGGUCAGGGACAAAAGCCUGUCGCUGGUUUUGAAAUGUUGAGACGUCAAAAUGAAACCACAUAAUGAUAACCUGUUGGGGGCCUUGUGUUUUUCGACAAUGUGAUUUAUUUUUUUUUCAUAAUGGGCUUCAGAAACACACACGCACACAAACACAUGCAUGUGCAUGCAAAACUCACCAAUCUUCUCAGAGGGGAUGUCUCAAACGUAAUCAAAGGAGCUUCCGGCUCAAUCUGGGCUUCCCUAUAAGACCGGCUCUGGAUCUGGGGUUGGUGGGUGAAGAUGACAAAGACAGUCAGGGUGAAAUAAAGCGCUGUGUGCAGAGGGAACGGACCGAGUCAUCAGCUGCAUUUUCUGGGCAGACCUGCCAGGCCAAGCUGGACAGAUGGUCCAGUCAUUCCUACCCGCAACCUGAAGUCGCCCCCGUAGAGGCCCACAUGUUUGACCUGGACUGCCUUCUGUCCGACAUCUCCGACACUCUGUUCACCAUGACCCAGAAACCCUGUCCCUGGACCAGCGACAGACACAACACUUACACAAGCAAUGCUGACAUGAUCCAGCCAGGCCUGACGCCGCUGCAGCCCAGUAUGGAUGAUUUCAUGGACAUCCCAGAUAUCUUUCUGAACUACCGAGGUCAGCCCACUGACCAGAGUGGGUAUGUCGACUGUAGCUACUUUGACGGUCCACCCAGCACGGCUUAUGCUCCUGUUCCAUCUCCUGUUGUGACAGCCCCUCAGCUUCUUAUCGACACCCAGCUGGCUCAGCCUAAUCUGUCUUCUGACAGUCUACCCCAGUCCUCUACAUCCAGCCCUCGCUCAGAGCAGACCAGGGCGAGCCAGGACUGUGGCGAGUACCAUACGUCCAGCAUGGCCUCCGGAGCCAUGUCAUACGGACAUCAGUCGUACCACGAUGCAUCUGCGUCUACGGCAUACACCAGUAACGCAGAGCAACCUGUCUCUGCAAGCGUUCCUUUCCUGCACCCACUGCCGUGUCACAAGUUCGGGUUCUACACAACGGCGAGCGUGACCUCUACCGUUAUCACUCACACAGCCUCCACCAUGGGAGCUCAGGGCUCCGUGUACCAGGCUCAUACCUACGCUCCGGCAGUGGACCCGUACUCCCAGACCCACUGCCACUCUCUCAGUUACCCGGCUGCCGCGUCGGACCCGGUCCACGCAGCGCUGGCUCCUGUCACAGCGACCCACUGCCUGUCUGUCCCGGAGCAGUUGGUUGUUUCAGGGGUCAGGGGGAAACACAAGCAAAAGACAGGAGGACUGCGGACAGCUGGGUCCCCCGAUUUGCCCUCCAACCCCCAAUCCACUGCCCCCAUCCCCACCAGCUGCCUGGCUAAGCUGCUUUCCUCCAGCACACAUGACAGAAAACCAACGCUUGGGUUUAAUAGUACCUCUCUGAUGACAACGAAAGGUCAGAGGUCAAAAUCUAAGAGCUUUGUGAAAACAUGUGUUGUUCAGCAGACAAGCCGGGCCGCUCAAGUUGGCGGCGUUUCCUCGACACUGCAGCCUGAAGCCGGUUGGCCUACAGUGAUGACGCCUCCGCUGGGACACAGCGGGCCGCGCGUCAGCACCUCGAGAGGCUCAGCGGUGUCCGCUCUUCUUACCCUCGGGUCCACCAACAGCACCGCAGCCCUGCUCGUUCCCAAGACGGAGAAGCUGUCACCUGUUCCUCUCUAUGCCACAGACAGGAGCAGCCUGACAGUUCGGUUCAGUGCUCAUCCAGGUCAAAUCUCUCCACCAAACCCUCUAGACAAAGCCUCCAAUCCCGGCUCCCCACAGUCCGGCUUCUCAGGACAAGGAAAGCUGGAGUCUAAUAAGCAAGCAGAGACCAGGAGGAUAACUCACAUCUCUGCCGAGCAAAAGAGACGUUUCAACAUCAAACUGGGAUUCGACACUUUACAUAACCUGGUGACGACGCUCAGCUCCCAGCCCAGCAUAAAGAUCAGCAAAGCCACGACGCUGCAGAAGACUGCCGAGUACAUCAGUAAGAUGCAGCAGGAGAGAGCUCAGCUGCAUGAGGAGGUUCAGAGACUCCGAGAGGAGAUCCAGCACCUGAACUCUGCCAUCAAUGCUUGCCAGCAGCAGCUCCCAGCCACAGGUGUCCCCAUCACACGGCAGCGCUUUGACUACAUGAGGCAAAAGUUCAGAGAGUACGUCCAGGCUCAGACUCUGCAGAACUGGAAGUUCUGGAUCUUCAGUAUCAUCAUUGAGCCUCUGUUCGAGUCCUACAAUGGGAUGGUUUCCACUGCCAGCGUGGAAGACCUGUGUCGAUCUACUCUCUCCUGGUUGGACCAGCACUGUGCCUUGCCUGCUCUUAGACCCAUGGUUCUGAGUUCACUCCGUCUCUUGAGUACAACCACAGCCAUCCUGACUGACCCAAGCCUCCUACCGGAGCAGGCUGCACUCGCAGUGACCCAGGGGGAUCCUGCUCCUGCUAUGGACCACUCCUUACAGCCCAUAAUGCGGCAGUAGUGAGCACAGCUUACGGACCAAUGAAGAAUACCCUCAAAAGAACAUCCUGUUUAGUGAAGGGACGGAAAUAUGGAAAGCCGCUUCAAAAGUCAUUUGCGUGAUUUCUGGUGGCACCUGGUGUCUAAAAAGUGCAGUUAAGACCCACCUUUAUCAUGUGUAUUUUACGCUACUACAAAAUUUAUGUAUACAAGCUUUAAUUAGUGCCACCUGGAGUUCAAAAAGUAUAUCACCCCUUUUUAAACUGUUUAACAAAACCCAUAUCCAGCUAUCUGUCUAGCUAACUAGCUAGAUAUCUCACUGUCUAGAUAGCUAGCUAGAUAGCUAACUAGCUAGAUGGCUAGGACUCAAGACUUUUGUGCAAAGGGUCAGAGUCCACAAUUCAAUAGAAGUCAUUGAAAGGGUAUACUACAGUAUUUGUAAUAACUUAAAAUAACAAAUUAUACAUACUUUAAACAGGUGGAAUUACUUAAUUAUUUUUGUAAAAUACGUGAAUAAUUAUAUGUGAAAAUCAUUAAAAAAUGUGUUCUUUAGACAUUAGAAGUUAACAGUUUUUUUUUUUCAAAUUAUUUCGUAAUCCAGUUUUGUAGUGCGUUAUAUUUGAUGACACAUAGUGAGAAAAAAAUAUUUCAUAAAUGGUUGACAUGAAGCAAAUACCUGAAGUAAUUGGAUAUGAUUUGGACACAUUAUAAAUUUGAGUUUUAAUCAGUGAUAUGCAGAUUUAAUCAUUUUUGUAUUUGAUAAAUUAUUGACAUAUUUGUUCAUACACAUACAUUUUUUUAGGCAUUUAAUGUAUUUAUUGCAGUAUUAUAUUGACUACAUACAUAACUAUUUAGACAAAUGAUUUAGCCCCUUUGUGCCCUUAAUAAGCCCUGAUUUUUUCUUUAUAUUUUCCUUCUGAUUAUAUAUAUUUGUGUAUUGUUGCUUAAUAAACUCCAGGUGGCGCCUUUGACAGCGUUUAUUGAACAGCAGGUAACACGAUUAAUGACAAAACCAGCUUUCCAUAGCGGACAAAACUCAACUGAAAGCCUGAAUUUGGAUUUGAUGCUCACUUCUAAGACUGCUUGUAGUGAAUAAAAGUAAAUCAUAUUUUCAGUUAAACUUCCAACUCACUCAGAACUAAUACUAAAUGUGAUGUACGCUUAAAGUUUUACCGUAUACAUAUAUUACAUAUUGCAUAAGUACAGUACAUGUAGCAUACUGUACAUUAAUUUCUGUGACACAUGUAGAGCUGUCAAUCACUGUAGCAAUGGUGACUUAAUUUUAUAUGUAUAUUGUGUGUCUUAUAAUUGUGUUUUAAACCAGUGGCCUUCUACAGUUAUUCUCAGGCUGACUUACAUAUAUAAAACAUCAUUUCUCCCCUUUGCUCAUAAAUAAAGUCAGUGCCUUGUAUCCUGCUUAUAUGAUUUUGUGUUCUUCUAGUUACAGCUCCUUAUAAAAGCAUUCGUACGUCUUGAACGUUUUAUAUUUUGUCACAUUGCAACCUUAAACGUCAGUGUUUAGAUUGGGGUUUCUCUAUAAAGCAAUAUCUCAACCUUU